AUGGCGGCCCAUGAAAAUAUGGCGAGGCCUGGGAAAACAAUAACCACAUAUGGAAAGCCGGCAAGGAAACAUCUUGCAGGCCAUAGCUAUACAAAAUUGGUCCAUCGCACAACACCUUCCGAUUUAACAAAGACAGGUCUCAUUACAAACAAUGAGCCCAGUGCGUCGAAUCAUGAAAGACCUCGCGAUGUCUACAAGCCUUCACCUAGCACACCUUCUGCCCCAAAAAUACAAUCUACUGUCGAUUUAUACGACGUGCCCCUCAGCGAUGAAGAGGACCUCCUUUUAAUGCGCAAGAACGUUACCAAAUCUGCACCGAAACUUAAAGUGAAAUCUGCGAUGUACGACGUACCUCUGGGCAAUAAAGAGGAUGAAGCUACGAGGCGGAAGAAUGUUCCCAAAUUCAAACAGAAAGCUUCGCAAACUUCUACCAUAUAUGAUGUGCCACUCAGCGAGGAUGAUGAGCCCCCCUCGGCGAAGAAGAAUCUCUCCAAAUUACCACCAAAGGUUACGCAAAAGCAAUCGACCAUUGGAAACGCGAAGCAUUUCAUAACAACAGAAUCCGCGAAUGUUAAGUCGGUGGAAAUGCCCGAUCGUAAGAAGAGGAAGUUAUCACCAGCUGAACAGCCGCGACGGGAGCCUUCCAAGUUUGCAGCAACUUUGCCCAAGGUGCCACCACAUCCUAAGAUUAGGCAAGCCAAGCCAACUACGGAUACUUUACCAAAACGAAAGGUCGUUCAUGCUAAGCCUGUUAUGGAGUCUAUCCUGACCAAACCAGCAGUACAUCGAGGUCCACAGAAGCAGAGUAAUAAAACGCCAGUGCAGCAACGACCAAGAUCCUCUACCUCUACCGGCAGCGCUGCGAGCUUACGGUUAGCUACAAGUCCUGAGUGUCACAUCUCUCCCAAGGCUACGAAGCUAUGGGAUGCCCUCGACAACGAAACUCAAGAAACCACGAUGAGUAGUGCAGAUGAGCUCUCUUUAGUCGUGAGUACGCCGAAGAGAGUAUAUCCAAUUGUUAGAAAGUUAUCUAAAACUGCGGCUUUUGCGAAAUCGGCUAACCUAACUCCUCGCAAACGACUAAUCGAUUCAUUAGUCGAGCAGACGCCUCGCCAAGAUUUGGACGAUGAAGACGAUGAUGAUGAUGAAUCUGGGAACGAACAUGAUAAUUCUCAGCUUGAGGAUCACUUCCAACAUCUGAACAAUUCAAGAGCCCAGAGUCUUGUCCCAGAAGUGCCUACUUUUACUGCACCUGCACAAGCUAGUCAAGGCCCCCCAAUCGCAGGGCCCAAGUUUACGUAUAGUCGACAGCGUUCCAUGCUUGUUGAAGAAGACAUGAUGGAGCAAUUGGCUUUUGACAUGCCUCUAGAAACUCCACAAAGCUCACAGCGUCGCCGAGGCUCUAUACCCAGCCUAAAGCCAUUAUCAAGCUUCCGCGAGGAAGAGCAGCAAGAAGAAGAAGCCGCAAGUACCGCUAUCCGCACGAUCCAUGAACUAAGGCAAGCGGGAGCGAAUAGUCGCUUUGCGGACGAAGUAGAAGAUUUGCUCGAUCGUAUUGGGAGGCCUUCGAUAAAGUUGUCGUCUAUGCGACGCUCCGGGCUCUUGGACCUAGGUUUAAAAAUGAAGGAUAAAGCAUUCGUUCGGCAAUUCCGUGCCCAUGGUGCUGAACAGCGACUAUUUAUCGACAUAGGUCAAGAAGCUGAUAUCGUAUCGGGAUUUUUGAUGACAUCACUCAUCACGCCUAUUUUGGCAGAGGGAAGCGCGCCUCUCGUGGUAUCGCAACUUCAACAACAAGGUAUCGCAAAGCUACUAGGCCGUCUCAUAUCAGUUGAGAAAAGCUUUGUCAGUGUGAUAAAGGAGCCAUGGAAGGAUCUUAGCCCACGUGAACUUUCCCCUCGAACCUUGGCCCUCAAAUGCCUUGAGCUUAUGGUCAGACAAUGUAGAGAAGCUGGAGAUGCUAGUGACAUAAUUUCUGAAGAGCUGAAUACCAGUUUGUUUGAGAUUUUAAAAUUGUCAGAUUCGGAUGACGCGUGGGAUUUCCCCCACGGAACAGAAGCAGUCGACUUUUAUUUGACACUUUCCACUCUUGAAUCUCACUCUCUUGUGUCGAGAAUCGCCCAAGAUGAGACAAUCUGGAUUCAUCAAUUGCUGCCUAUCAUAGGCAAUACCCUCAAUACCGCUUUGAAUCGGCCAAUUGAGAGCUUUGGCGAGCAACAAAUUUUGGCAUUGAAAUUGACAGUGAAUGUCACCAAUCACAACCCGAAAGCUUGCGAUGCGAUUGUGGACUCGGAUCUCAUGUUCACCAUUCUUCGCAUCGUCGUUGCCAAAUUCAAAAGCAUGUCAAGCUUAUGGGCGGAAGAGGAAAUCGUCGUGGCUGUGGAUAAUUUGAUUCUUCUCAUUGGAGCGAUGAUUAAUUUUGCCUUGUGGAGCACAAAAGCGCUUCAAAAUAUCAAUGAUUUUGCUGGGACGGGCAGGGACCCUCUGGAUGAAUUGAUCCGCCUUUUUGUUGAUAAUAGAGAGAAAACCUUUGAAGUGGACUCUCAGCACGAAUCACACAAAAACGUUCCGUUUGGAUACUUGUCGGUAUUGUUGGGACAUUUUUGUUUAUUGCCGGCCAUCGAGAAACGAAUCCGGAUUCUACAGACAACAAAAACACUUCGGCCCCUCAUCACAUCUAUCAAUGAAUUUAUCGUCUAUCAUAAAGCGGCUGACGAUGAGAUUGCUCCCAAUGAAGAUGACACAUUCCUCACGUUUACUGUGACGAAGCAACUCGAAAGAUCUCGUCCAAAAGUUAUUGAUGAUCAAAGGGGCUUAGAACCGAAUAUAGAAAGGUCUUUGGGGAGGCCGGUCGAGGAAGGCGUUUGA